AUGGAUGAAACGUACGAUAAUGAGAAAGAACAAUAUCUAGUAGCUCCAUUUAUUGAGUCAAGAAAGGUGUAUCGAUGUGAAUGUGUCUCAUGCAAAGCUAGUGUUAAAUACCAUAAUUUAGUGAAAUGGUUAUUAUACGUUGGAGUAUUUUUCCCAUUUACUAUUUUUUAUGAAAUUGGAUUAUAUCUGUAUGUCAAUAUAUACCUGAAUCACAGAGUAGUUUUUCCAGAAUUUACUGAUAUAGAUUACCCUACUAAGUUUGAAAGGAAAGUAUUUGCAGAAAGACAUUUAGUGAAAAUACAAACUGAAACAGAGAGGGAGCUCAAAGAUCAAACACUUUUAAAUCUGGAUAAACCUAAAAUUUCCAUACCAAAAGAAAUUAGAAACACAAGUCUAUCUUUUCAACAGGAAUAUAGGUAUAAAGUUUUGAAGCAGAUAGCCACAGACAUAGUUAACUCUCACGAUUAUUACCGUAGUCAUUUUUUGAAGUGGACAUUAAGAUGUAUAGGCGUUUUAGUAGCUCAAUGUAUUAUUACAUUGCUACUUAUAGUUAUAUGUUUUGACUAA